AUGGCACAGAAGAAUGUGAAGGGCAAGGCUCGCACCAAGAGCGGCGGUGCUCUGCGCAAGUACGUUGGCGAGGCCAAGAAGAAGACGGUACACACUAAAAGCCAGAAGACGCUCACAUCAAAGGCACGAGCGAAUUAUGUUGCCGCCGUUGAAUCGCACAUGGCCUCUCGUGUGCCUUCAGACCAGCGCGGGCGUCUUACCAUUGUGAAGCCGAGCGGUGAGCAGCCGAAAAAGGGAAAAAAAAACAUGAAGAAACCGCUGACACGGGGACGCAAGCGCAAGGCUGCUAAGAAGGCGUGA